AUGGCUGUGAGAGCUUGUGGCUUGAUCAUCUACAGGAGGCUGCAGUCACCACCAUCUUCUAAGGUCGCUGAUGGUAUUGAGUAUCUCCUCCUUCAGACAUCCUAUGGGACCCAUCAUUGGACCCCACCCAAAGGCCACGUGGACCCAGGAGAGGAUGACCUGCAGACGGCCUUCCGGGAAACGCAGGAAGAGGCUGGUCUCCAGGCCAGUCAGCUCACCCUCAUAGAGGGGUACAAGAAAGAACUGCACUAUCCUGUCCGUGGCAAGCCUAAAACGGUCGUUUACUGGCUGGCUGAAAUGAAGGACUGUAACACUGAAAUCAAGCUCUCGGAGGAGCACCAAGCUUUUCAGUGGCUGAAGCUGGAGGAUGCUUGUAAACUUGCAGAAUAUGAGGACAUGCAAGCAACACUGAAAGAAGUUCAUCAGUUUCUCUGCUCCAAAGAAUAAACACUUGUGAAGGGGGAGGAACUGCAUGGUUGCAGAAAU